UGGGCUUCCGGACCGACACCGACUCCCCAUUCCCGCCCGCAGCCGUCUUGUCAUGCUGCCCAAAGUGGAGACGGAAGCCCCAGGACUGGCCCGAUCGCAUGGGGAACAGGGGCAGAUGCCGGAAAACAUGCAAGUGUCUCAAUUUAAAAUGGUGAAUUACUCCUAUGAUGAAGAUCUCGAAGAGCUAUGUCCUGUGUGUGGCGAUAAAGUAUCCGGGUACCAUUAUGGUCUCCUUACCUGUGAAAGCUGCAAGGGCUUUUUUAAGCGAACAGUCCAAAACAAUAAAAGGUACACAUGUAUAGAAAACCAGAACUGCCAAAUUGACAAAACACAGAGAAAACGUUGUCCUUACUGCCGAUUCCAGAAAUGUCUAAGUGUUGGAAUGAAGCUAGAAGCCGUAAGAGCUGACCGCAUGCGAGGAGGCAGAAAUAAGUUUGGGCCGAUGUACAAGAGAGACAGGGCCCUAAAACAGCAGAAGAAAGCCCUCAUCCGAGCCAAUGGACUUAAGCUGGAAGCCAUGACGCAGGUGAUGCAAGUCAUGCCCUCGGACCUGACCAUCUCCUCUGCCAUUCAGAACAUCCAUUCUGCCUCCAAAGGCCUACCUCUGAACCAUGCUGCCUUGCCUCCCACAGACUAUGACAGAAGUCCCUUUGUCACCUCCCCCAUUAGCAUGACAAUGCCACCUCAUGGCAGCCUGCAAGGUUACCAACCAUAUGGUCACUUUCCUAGCCGGGCCAUCAAGUCUGAGUACCCAGAUCCCUACACCAGCUCGCCUGAGUCAAUGAUGGGCUACUCCUACAUGGAUGGUUACCAGAUAAGCUCUCCAGCCAGCAUCCCACACCUGAUACUGGAACUUUUGAAGUGUGAACCAGAUGAGACGCAAAUUCAAGUGAAAAUCUCAGCUUACUUACAGCAAGAGCAGGCGAGCCGAGGCAAGCAUGAAAAGCUGAACACAUUUGGGCUCAUGUGCAAAAUGGCGGACCAGACCCUCUUCUCCAUUGUUGAGUGGGCCAGGAGUAGUGUCUUCUUCAGAGACCUGAAGGUUGAUGACCAAAUGAAGCUGCUUCAGAACUGCUGGAGUGAGCUCUUGAUCCUUGAUCACAUUUACCGGCAAGUGGUGCAUGGGAAGGACGGGUCCCUCUUGCUGAUUACUGGGCAACAAGUUGACUACUCCAGCAUCGCCUCACAAGCCGGAGUCACACUCACCAACCUCCUGAGCCAUUCACAGGAGCUAGUCCUGAGACUUCGUUCUCUACAGUUUGAUCAUCGAGAGUUUGUAUGUCUCAAGUUCCUAGUGCUGUUCAGCUUAGACGUCAAGAAUCUUGAGAACUUCCAGCUGGUGGAAAAUGUCCAGGAGCAGGUGAACACUGCCCUGAUGGACUACAUGGUUUGCAACUACCCCCAGCAAACAGAGAAGUUUGGACAGCUGCUCCUUCGACUUCCGGAAAUCCGGGCACUCAGCAUGCAGGCGGAAGAGUAUCUCUACCGCAAGCACGUGAACGGGGAUGUACCCUACAAUAACCUUCUCAUCGAGAUGCUACACGCAAAGAGAGCCUGAGUGGCCACCCCUGGAAGCUUGCUCUAGGAGCAGAGAGACUGGAGGGAGAAGAGGAGGAGAAGGAAGGCAAUGUACUCUGAACCGCUCCAAGCAAUGCUUAGUCAAAUGUGGGUUAAAGAUACUGAAUUUUAAAAAGCAUAAUAAUCAAAUACUUAAUAGCAAACAAAUUGAUAUGUCAGGGUAUUUGUACUGCAGACUGUGAAUCAAAGGCUUCACAUCUCCAAAGGAUUCAUAUGAAAGACAUUGUAAUGGGAUGGAUUGAACUCACAGAGUCCAAUACCACAUCAGCAUAAAAAUGGACAGAACAAUUCUUGUAUAUUUAAACUGAUCUGUUAUUAAGGAAUUCAGCAGUUGAUCAGUGUCAUUAAUUGGACUUGUCCAUGGUGAAGCUGCACAUCUCCCAAACAAAGACUACACGGGCUGUGCCUUGGCAGCCCCCCUCUCCCCCUCCAGAAGGCCCUACACCUUCUCACCUGUGAGCUCGGACGCUAUGCUAAGGAUUUUGUUCAGCCACACCCAGUAGUAGCUCCACUAAAUCAUGAGUUCUGAAUGUCUGUCUUAAACCUGCCAACAGCUAAUAAGAACAAUGUAUAAAUAUGUCAGCUUGCCAUUUUAAGUAUGUUCUGAAGUUGUUUUGUCC